AUGGAGAGAGGAAAUAUGAAUAAUAUGGUAGGUAGAAAUUUAGAUGAUAUUACUGUAGAUGAGAUAAAUGAAAUGUCAGAAGAAGACGAAAAUGAUAGCCAAUACAUAAAUGAUAUCCAAGAAGAAAACAUGGAUAACAAUAAGGAAAAUAAUAAACAAAAAAUGCCAAGUAAUCCAGAAAAAAAUAUUGUAAAUAUCAGUGCAGGCGGAACCCAAUUAAAGGAUAAAAAAAUAAGAAAGGACAAAAAAAUAAAAGAAAAUAUAAGAAACUGUAAUGUUCAGGUCAAACAUUCAUUUGCAAGAAGAACAUGGUCAACUCUGGAAAUAGAGCGCACAAUGAAAAGAUUUGGAAAUUAUUUAAUAAUUAAAAAAUUACCGGGAAAACGGGAGAUUGAAACAUUUCUGUCUGAUAAUAAAGAAGUGAUGAGUUCAAGAAACUGGCGAAAUGUGAAAGAUUUUCUUUAUCAUAAAAUAAAAAUAAAUAAAUAA